AUGCCGAGGGGCUUCCUGGUGAAGCGAACCAAGCGCUCGGGCAGCUCCUACCGCGCGCGCCCGGCCGAACCGCUUUUCCCCGCGCCGGGUCCCCGCGCUGCACCGCCCUCGCCCGACGAGGCCGGCCGGGGACUGUCGGGGUCCCCCUGCCUCGCGCCCGCGCGGGACGGCGCCGAGUGGGGCGCGGGUGGCGGAGACGGCCCGGGACCCAGCCCCGCGAGGCCGGCGGGCCCCGAGCUGCGCCGCGCGUUCCUGGAGCGCUGCCUGCGCUCGCCCGUCUCCGCCGAGUCCUUCCCCAGCGCCACCGCCUUCUGCUCCGCGGCGCCCGCGGCCGCGACCUCGGGGGAGCAGUUGGUGCCGCCUCCGGGCGCCGUCCCCGUCCCGGUCUCCGUCCCCGCACCCGCGCCCGCCCCGCAGGGUCUCCAGCGCCGCGGCAAGGGCGCCCUGGGCUGCGUGUCAGCAGCGCCCGCGGCCGUCAGGAAGCCUAAGGCCGUGAGGAGGCUGAGCUUCGCAGACGAGGUGACCACGUCCCCGGUGCUCGGUCUAAAGAUCAAGGAGGAGGAGCCCGGGGCGCCGGCGCGGGCUCUGGGCGGCGUCCGCACGCCGCUGGGGGAGUUCAUCUGCCAGCUGUGCAAGCAGCAGUACGCGGACCCCUUCGCGCUGGCUCAGCACCGCUGCUCCCGCAUCGUGCGCGUCGAGUACCGCUGCCCCGAGUGCGACAAGGUCUUCAGCUGCCCCGCGAACCUCGCUUCCCAUCGCCGCUGGCACAAGCCACGUCCCGCGCCCUCCUGCGCCGCGAGUAAACCUCCCUCCGCGCCGUUGACCCCUCCGGACCCUUCCCUGGCGGCCGGCAAGGAGAACGGCCGCUUGCCGCGGACCGACGAUCAGCACCCGCAGGCCCGGGACAGCUCCGGGGCCGGUCAGCACCGGGACAGCGCCACUCUCCCAGGCCUGCAGGCGCUGGUGCACCCAGAGGCAGCACGACCUCAAGCUUCCUACCCCGAGGUGAUGCUCGUGCGCCGAGGUCCCGGGCCCGGUGGUGCCAGCGCGGGGGCGACAUCCGAGGUCUUCGUGUGCCCGUAUUGCCACAAAAAGUUCCGUCGCCAAGCCUAUCUGCGCAAGCACCUGGGAACCCACGAGGCGGGCCCGGCCCGUGCACCAGCCCCGGGCUUCGGCUCAGAGCGCACAGCCCCACUCGCCUUUGCGUGCCCGCUUUGCGGGGCGCACUUCCCGUCCGCGGAUAUCCGAGAGAAGCACCGGCUAUGGCACGCUGUCCGCGAGGAGCUGCUACUGCCCGCCUUGGUCGGAGCUCCAUCGGAAGCGGGCCCUGGAGGGGCGUCCGACGGUAGCACUCAGCAGAUUUUCUCAUGCAAGUACUGCCCAUCCACUUUUUUUAGCUCCCCGGGCCUGACCCGGCAUAUCAAUAAGUGUCACCCCUCAGAAAGCCGGCAAGUGCUGCUGUUGCAGAUGCCACUGCGGCCUGGCUGCUGA